CAGAGGAACUGACUACAUUGUGAAUACUGAUCAUAUGGUAUUUCCCCCCCAGUACUGAAUAACCUUUUUUUCUGUUUUAAAUUGAGAAUUUGAUUGUUUGCGAAGUGGAGGUUGAUCUUAUUCUUUAAACGUGGUGUUUGACCCAAAAGCAGAGAUGGCGGGUCACAUGCAACAGGGAAACCUGACUGAGUACAAGAAGAGUCUGAUUAAGCGGGACUUGGAGUUGGGGAUCGUGAUGACAGUGUACAGACAGAGAAUGGAGAGGCUAACCGUGCAGGUUAUAAUGGAGACCAGACAGGUUGCCUGGAUGCGUACUGCUGACAAGACUGAAGGAGUGUUGGACCUUUUUGAGAUCCGGGAAGUACGACCAGGAAAAAACUCCAAGGACUUUGACCGAUUCAAGGACAGAAAUACAGACCCAAACACAUGCUUCACCAUAUUCUAUGGCUCUCAGUUUGUUUUAAACACUCUCAGUCUGGGUGCUGAUUCAGUGGAGGAUGCAGAAAAAUGGCUGAUAGGACUGGAGUUACUUAGACAGGAGACACUGGCGGCUCACACACCAGAGAUUAUAGAGAGUUGGCUGAGGAAGCAGAUGUACUCUGUUGAUCAGACAAAGAAAAACAGUAUCUCCCUGAAAGAGCUCAAGUCUCUUUUGCCACAGAUGAAUAUUAAAAUACAAGGUGGACGUUUUCUGAAGGACAGGGUUGCGGCGGUGGGAGCAAAGAAAGAAGUCCUGGAUUUUGUGCAGUUUCACAAAUUCUACAAUCUUUUGACAUUUGAAAACCAGAGGAUGAUACUAGAUGAGUUUAAAAAUGAGUCCUGUUCUUUCAUCUUGGGAAACAACAAUCAGCCUGUGCAGCUCUCCGAUUUUCAAAGAUUUCUUUUAUAUCAGCAGAGAGAGACAUGGGCCAACAAUGUAAAUCAGGUGCGAGAGUUGAUGACCAUCUUCAUCGAUGAUACCAUGAGAAAAACCAAUGAUCCAGCCUUUACUGUUGAAGAGUUCCUCAGUUUUCUCUUUUCCAAAGAAAACUCUAUUUGGGAUGAGAAGUUCUCCGAGAUAUGUCCACAGGAAAUGAACAACCCUCUGUCUCACUACUGGAUCAACUCUUCACACAACACAUAUUUAACUGGUGAUCAACUGCGCAGUGAGUCAUCAACAGAAGCUUAUGUACGCUGCCUGAGGCUGGGUUGCCGCUGCAUUGAGUUGGACUGCUGGAAUGGUCAAGAUGAACCAAUCAUAUACCACGGCUGGACCAGAACCUCGAAGAUAAAGUUUAAGGAUGUGGUGAAGGCCAUUAAUGAACAUGCUUUUGCAACAUCUGAGUACCCUGUGGUGCUGUCCGUAGAGGAACACUGUGAUCUCAAGCAGCAGAAAAUAAUGGCUAAGGAGUUCAAAGAGGUUUUCCAGGACAAACUCCUGACUGAUCCUCUGGAACCAGAGGCUCAACUACUGCCCUCACCAACCCAGCUAAAGGGCAAGAUCAUCAUCAAGCACAAGAAAUUGAAUAUUGAUGAAACCAUUGGCAAAAAGGAUCUACGGAAAGGUGAUAAGCAGGGAGAGCUUUUCAUCUGGGAUCCAGUAGAUGAGAGAUGGUAUAAGCACUACUGCGUGAUCGAAAAUAAGAUGUUGUACUAUGCUGAAGAGAAUGAAGUAGAAGAGGACACUGGAAAGGGCACAGAUCUUCAUCAGUCAGAGCCCUGGUUUCACGGUAAGAUGUCAGAGGGCAGACAGACAGCCGAGAGACUGCUGCAAGAAUAUUGUGCAGAAUCAGGGGGGGUUGACGGAACAUUUCUGGUGCGAGAGAGUGACACGUUUGUCAACGAUUGCACCCUGUCAUUCUGGCGCAGUGGACGAGUUCAGCAUUGUCGAAUCCGCUCUUGCAUAGUUGGAGGACACACUGUCUAUUCCCUCACAGACAACCUGCAUUUCCCCAGUGUGUAUGCGCUCAUCCAGCAUUACAGAGAAAACCUACUGCGCUGUCAGGAUUUCAACCUGCAUCUCACUGAAUUUGUAACUCGACCAGACCAGCACCUGCAUGAAGGGUGGUUUUACAGUAACCUGAGUCGAGGUGAGGCAGAAGACUAUCUGUUGAGGAUCCCUCGGGAUGGAGCCUUCCUCAUUAGACAGAGGGAAGAUUCAGACUCUUACGCCAUCACAUUCAGAGGUGAAGGUAUGGUGAAGCACUGUCGGAUACACAAAGAGGGCUGUAUGUAUGUGCUGGGUACCUCAAGUGAGUUCGAGAGCCUGGUGGAACUGAUUGACUAUUUCCGAAAAAAACCUCUUUAUCGGAAGAUCAAACUGCGUUACCCUGUGACGCCAGAACUAGUGGAGCGAUUUAGUUCGAUAAACGUAUCUGCUUCACUAUAUGAAUCGAAACAGUAUGUGGAGGCCAAUGAGAUAGAGCCGUCUCUGCCUCAAAGCACAGUGAAAGCCGUAUAUGACUACAAGGCCAUGCGACCAGAUGAACUUAGCUUUUACAAGGGUGCUUUGAUCCAUAAUGUGAACAAGGAGGCCAAUGGAUGGUGGAAAGGAGACUACGGAGGGAAACUGCAGCACUAUUUUCCUUCAAAUUAUGUAGAAGAAGUCGCCAAUUCCUCGUCUGAGGCCAAUUACCAGACUGAUGAGGAGAAUCCAUUAGGUGACUUAUGCAAAGGGACGGUGGACAUCUCAAAGUGUACUGUUGUUCGCUCAGCCAAACAUGGCAAGCCUGUGGUGGUGACAUUGCAGAAUAAGGAAAAUAAAGAGAACAUGAUGCCAUUUGAUUUGGCCACCGAGACCACUGAGGAACUGUACGAAUGGUAUCAGGUGGCCUGGAACAUCACACAGAGAGAGGAAAACCAAAAGUUUGAGAAAAAAAAACAGGAGGAGGUUGAGAGCAAAGAGGUGGUGGCCAGUGAGAUGUCAGAUUUAGUGGUUUACUGCCAGCCUCGCAGCAAAGAUAAGGACCGCUUUGACAAUUAUACCUACAAGGAGGUACGCUCCUUCAUAGAGAAUAAGGUACCCAGCAAAAGCAAGUCAAAAGAGUUUAUGAUGUAUAACCGCAAGGCACUGAGCCGCACCUACCCUAAAGGCCAACGGGUGGAUUCCUCCAACUAUGACCCGUAUCCUCUGUGGAUGUGUGGCUGCCACAUGGUGGCACUCAACUUUCAAACUGCAGAUAAGUACACUCAACUGAACAGCGCCCUCUUCAGUCUGAACGGAGGCACAGGAUAUGUGCUCCAGCCUGAACUGAUGCGGUCAGAUAUUUAUGACCCUUAUCAGGAGAAGAAUGUCAAAUAUACCAUCACCAUUAGAGUAAUAGCAGCAAGACAUCUACCCAAACCUGGUCGCAGCAUUACCAGCCCCUUUGUGGAGAUCGAACUGUGUGGCCAGACAGAUGACAACAAAUUCAAGACUAUUGUUUGCCAUGAUAAUGGUCUGAACCCUGUGUGGCUUGGGCCACACCAUCAGCCUUCAGAGACAGCUACUUUCAAUGUGUAUGAGACAGACCUCACCUUUUUACGCUUCAUGGUCUUUGAGGAGGACAUGUUCUCUGACCCCAAUUUCCUGGCCCAGGCAACUUACCCUGUGAAAGGUGUUCGCACAGGUUAUCGGUCUGUCCCUUUGAAGAACGGGUUCAGUGAAAACCUGGAACUUGCAUCUCUUCUGGUGUAUGUUGAUAUACAGCAAGUGGAGAAAGCACAGGAAGAGCUCUACUCCUCCUCAAAGCAACUGCAAAAGAAGCAGGCAGAGUUUAGCGGCGAAUUCUGCCUUUACGACACUCACUCCAACCUGCAGCGUGCAGCAGCCCCUCAUCGCCGUGACGACCUCUCACAGGAGUUCACAUACACUGAGAAAAAGAUAAAUAAACAGCAAAAAAUAAACAACAGCAAGUUCUGCUCAUGAGGAAAAAAACUGUUAAAUGUCUAGCUCCCUCCCUCCCUGAUUGUAAUGUUCUUAAGAGUCUCUUCCUCUCAGCUCUGCUGCUCUAUUACUGCUGGUGUCCUAACAGGCCACAAAGAUGGGACUCUGCAGCCAACUCACAUUUGUGCACAAAAAGGAAUAAAUCAGUCUCUUUGGAAGGCAUAAAGUGUCAGCUAAAUGUCUGAAAGAGCUGUAAACCUCUUUAAAUUGGGUUCAAACUGUUUGAAAGGUUUUUGUAUUAACUAUGAAAUUAUUAAUCAACUGUCUUAAUCAGCUUGAAUCAUUUCUCAUUCAUGUAUUUGACACUGUAUUAGACUCGUCAUUACUGUCCUUUUGAAAAUAAGGAAUUUGUUAUUGAAAUAACAUAAGCAAGGCAUGUUAUUUAUUUAGUUUAUUUUCUUGUUUUUAAUAUGCACAUUGGUUUGGUCAGAUAUUAAACAUAAUAAAACAGAAGGUAAAGAUGCUGCUCUGUAGACUUAAUUGAAAAUUGUUGAAUUACAAUAAAAAAAUGUUUACAGUAGUUGAUAAAGGAAAUGACAAGCAUGAGUCAAUUUCUAAUAUAAUGAUGUCACCCUUUUAUAUUAAUAUACAUAUAGCAUAACACAUACUGUAUAUUUUAUGUCAUAGAAUUAUUUUUGUUCUAGCCAUGCAAAAAUGCUGGUAUUUCAGCAUUAUGGACACACCAUCAUUCUGGUUAGUCUUGUCGGAUCCUAUCCACUAAUCAAGGGAAGGUUAAAUUAAGAGAAUUCACAUUUACAAGACAUUUGCAUUGCCCAGGUUCUUGAGGCUGAAUGCAAUACUUAAUACAAGGAGUAGGAUUUAUCAUACAAAUAGAUGUAAUCUGGAGCUAAAAGAAGGAGGUUCAAAAAUGAAAAUCACAUGUGAUUUGGUAGGCGAAUCUACAUAAUAUAUAUAGUAAUUCACUGGAGUACUAAAGUUUUUAUGAGUC